GCUUUUUUUCACCACCCUCACACUUGUUUUUCCUUUCGUCUGAGCACCACCCUUCUGCGAAACAGGUAGGGACACAAUAGCUCGAACCAGGGACCGGGACCGGGCCCUCGUGCGUUCAGACUGUGGCAAUUAUCCAUCACCCCAAUUUUCCGCACCCAGGGAAGAAAAAAGAAAAGAAAAGUAACAGCAAGGUACUCUGCAGGGCUAGGGUGCUUGAUCAUUCAUCGGACCGAGCCUUGGCCAGUAGACGUACAUCGGAAGUCUCCAGUUACCAAGACCCUUGACUCUCAAGGUCCUCCUGACCUUCAGAGAAAAAAGUACAUAAUCAUGGCUGCCGACGGCUCGAGACGUUCCAGCCCUGAGCGGGCUGGAUCAUUCUCUUCCAUCAGAGAGAGCAGCUCAGACUUGGCCCAAACAUUUACACAUACCAAGGUCUCUUCGUACAUUGCAGACACAGACGAAGUUGCUGUUGAGGACGAAUCUCCCGAACCUGGUAACAUGGUCGACGUACAAUACUUCCCGGCGAUCUCCCAUCGCGAAAGCAACCUCAGUGGUAAUUGGUUCCCUGCCGACAGCUUCAAGGGCUGGAAGCAGAUCAACGUCAAGGGGAAACUUGCCAGUAAGAGCUUUGGUGAUCUACAGACUUUGGAUGGCGCAUGGAAUAAGGCUCCCCUAGUCCUGAAGAAGGAUGGCCCCAAGGCGAGAACCCCAGGCGAUGCUCCCAUCGAGAAGCUGCCCAUCGAGAUCCUGAACUCCAUCAUAGGCCUGCUUGUGCUAGACCUUCCUCCGAAUGGUGACAGGCGCAAUGUAGACUUGAUCUCGCUGCUGUUGACGUCCAAGACGCUUCAUACCGCAACCCUCAACUCACUGUACCACAAGAUCACCAUCCCUCACUCAAAAAUCUUUCACAAAUUCUUGACCCACGUCAAGGCACACCCCGCUCUCGGCACCAUGGUCCGUCGAAUCGACUUCUCUCACUUGAACCCGGAUCUCCUUUUCUCCACCGCCAGCGAGCGGUCGCAGGCUCAGUACUUGACCAAGGAUACUCUGUUGCAGUGUUUGGAGCUCACACCGCACCUCCAAGAGUUUUUAGCUCAGGACAAGGUAGAUGUCGAUCUCGAUGCUGCAGUCCUGCGCAAGCUAUUCUUUGGAUUGCCAAGGCUCCAGGCAGUUGACUUUUGCGGCUCAACCUCGACGUUUUUCACCAAUGAAUUUACAGAGGUGGCCAAGUCAGAGGAUUGGCCUGAGAGGCUACCGCAGCUGAAAAGAGUCUCUUUUCACAAGUGCGAGAGGCUACCGUCUUCUGUAUUCGAGGUUCUCUUGCCAAAACUGACGACAGUAACCCACCUCGACGUUGCUGGCACCCGCAUCACAAACGAUGCACUCGAUAGCAUCCCUCGCACAGCCAGCAUCACCCAUCUCAACCUAGCCAAAUGCAAAUUCUUGAAGGCUGACCGUGUCAUCAGCUUCUUGAAGGAGCAUCCGGCGGUCCAGGAGCUCCAAUUUUUGAGUGUUGGCACCGAUGCCAAAACGCACCAAUUGUUCGACGAGGAUUCUCUCUCAGAGCUGAUACCCAUAUUGCCCAAGACGCUCAAGUCAUUGAGUCUAAAGGGGAGCAGGAUGAACAAGACGCACCUCAAACUCCUUCUGCCACUGACCAAGUAUCUCGAGGAACUUGCACUUGGCCGCUCACUCAGGCUCAUGGACAUCCAACAGCUGUUCAUGCCCCCUGAGGAGGCCGAUUUGGAGGAACAGCUCGCGUGGGUGCCACAUACGAUCAAGUAUCUAGACCUCUCAGACAUGUGGGGCAACGAGGUUGAGAGCUCAGUCCUCUUCAACGACUCGCUUUUGCUUAAAACGGCAACAGAGCCCCUGGCCGUCAUUGAGUUUGAGGCCAAAGUAUUCAACCGAGUCAAGAACUCCAAGGGCGCGCUUACACGCUGGGGCUGGCGGACGAGUGAAAUCUCGGCCCGGUCGUGGCUUGUUCGUAUGAGCAGCGACGGUGACGACGGCUCAAGGAGCUGGAAAAUGGGCGCCAGAUACUGGGGCAUGCGCAAGAUCCCAGUAGCCGUCUCCGAGGUCGGCGGCAUCUACGGUUCGUUCAUGUUUGGACGCAACUUGUAGGGCCUUGUCGUAUCCUCCCCUAUGCGCCUUAAUAUUGCAUCAUUUCAGCGUUUUUACCAAAGCUGUCUUUUCUGGCUAGGCUCACGUUGGGCGUUGGUAUUUCGUGUUGCUUGCUCUUUUCUCUUUUCUCUCUCCUCUCCCUCUCCUGUCAUGAUUUUUUGAGUUUUUUUUUCUUUUCUUUUCUUUUUUCUUUUUUUUUUUUGCGUUUGUAUUGCAUCGUUUGGAGUUUGACGGGUAUGACUUUGCUAUAAAAUCACUAGAAAAAGUUCAUGGUGUAUGGGCAUUAUCGGAGCGGUAUUGACGGGGAAAUUAAAAUAUUGAUGUACGGUAACGAUGGAUUAGGCAUACGCCCAUAAUAUUUACAGGGCCAUUAUGAACAUGCGAGCAUUUGUUGAUUGCGAUAUGUUGUGUUGGUCCCGGUAGACAUGGCACAAUUAACUACGUUUGAUUGAUC